UAAAAUUCCCAUUAUCCAAGUUUUGAUCAUUAGCCUAUUCUAUAACCAUGGCUUCCAAGUUUUCUUCCCUAAACACCAUUUCCCUUCUUCUGUUCAUGUUCUUCUUUUCCCUCUCCCUAGCAAACUUGUUACCAAUCUUCAAUAGUCCAGAAACCCUUUGCAAUUCCACCCCUCACCCUUCCUUCUGCAAAUGCUUUUUACCAUAUAACAAGCCUGGAACCAUCCAUGACUAUGCUAAGAUAUCCAUUUCCCAAUCCUUGACAAAUGCGAUUAACUUUCUUUCACUCGUCCAACACUACUUGACACUUCCUUCUACUUCCUAUGAAUCCACCAUUCGAGCCCUUGAAGAUUGCCAGUUCCUAGCUCAGCUAAACAUAGACUCCUUUUCUUUUGCACUCGAAACUAUAAAAAAUUCUAAUGAUAAUAAUAAACUUCCAGGGUCGCUUACUGAUGAUCUACUAACCUUGUUUAGUGCCACUUUAACCAACCUGGAAACUUGCCAGGAAGGCCUUCAAGCCACACCAUCAGCUUCAAGUAUCUUGAAUAGCUUGUCUACCCCUCUUUCUAAUGGAACCCAGUGUUUCAGUGUCUCCCUCUCUCUUUUUAGCCAUGGUUGGUUUCCUGAGACAAGAAACGGUAGAUUGCUAACAGAAAGAAAAGGCAUAUUCUUCACCAAUAUGAAAAAGGGUGCAAGAAAAAGCUUGCCCUUACAGUCUACAAGUGGAAGAAAACUCCUUGAAGCAUUUACAGAUGGUGUUUCAGUGAGCAAAAUGGUGGUGGUCAAUCCAAAUGGAAGUGGGGAUUUUGCUACUAUUACCGACGCUGUGAAUUCUGCGCCUAAUAACCCAGCCAGUAGCGACGGAUAUUUUGUGAUUUACGUGGUUGCUGGGGUUUAUAACGAGUAUGUUUCCAUUCCAAAGAACAAGAAAUAUUUGAUGAUGAUCGGGGACGGUAUUAACCAUACCAUCAUUACCGGCAACCGGAGUGUCGUUGAUGGAUGGACUACAUUUAAUUCUGCAACAUUUGCUGUAGUUGGGCAAGCGUUUGUUGCAGUGAACAUGACAAUUCAGAACACUGCAGGAGCCAUUAAGCAACAAGCAGUAGCAGUUAGGAAUGGAGCUGAUUUAUCUGCAUUCUAUAACUGUGGUUUUGAAGGGUAUCAAGACACCUUAUAUACUCAUUCUCUCAGGCAGUUCUACCGGGACUGUGAGAUAUAUGGCACCAUAGAUUACAUAUUUGGUAACGCCGCAGUUGUUUUUCAGAACUGCAAGAUUUAUGCAAGGCUUCCUCUAGAUAACCAGUUCAAUGCAGUAACUGCACAAGGCAGAAUUGACCCUAACCAAAACACAGGCACUUCAAUACAAAAUUGCUCUAUAUUAGCAGCUGAAGACUUGGCCUCAAGCAACGGCACUACAAAAUCUUACCUGGGAAGGCCCUGGAAGGAGUAUUCAAGAACAGUUGUGAUGCAAUCUUUUAUAGAUAGCUUAAUUGAUCCUUCUGGUUGGGCUCCAUGUUCUGGAGAUUUUGCACUUGCUACACUUUAUUAUGCAGAAUUUGAUAAUACUGGUCCAGGAUCAAAUACUACUAAUAGGGUUACAUGGCCUGGUUAUCAUUUGAUUAAUGCAACCGAUGCGGCUAAUUUCACCGUUUCCAACUUCACACAAGGUGAUUUCUGGUUGCCGGCGACGGGAGUGCCUUAUUUUGGUGGUUUGCUGUGAACUAAAUGUCCACAUGAUUAAUAAAUUACUUCUUUGCUUUUUUAACUUUCGAAAUUCUUGUGAUGUAUUAUGGUUUGUUCAUACGUGAAGAACACAUUGUUAGUCUGCA